AUGGGGCAAAAAAAACAAACGUUUAACGUGCGAGAAGAAGCUGAACCUAUGCCGAAGCGUUCGCGACGGCCCGGUGAAACUGAACAACAGGCAGUUACAAGGCGUGAACGGAACAAUGAGCAUAUGACGGUAGUCAGAAAUAAUGAGACUGUUGAACAAAGAUCUGUUCGACUUGAAAUGCAUUUGGCAUUUGCAUUUGCAUCCGUUGGAGCUCAGAUCCGGGCACCACCAGGAUUUGGACCAUACUGUUUUAGAGUUCAUGGCCAAAUUUGCCAUCUUACUGGCACAUUACAUCCCGAAGAGGGUGAACCAAGACAAUAUGCUCAAUUAUAUAUCCUGGACCCUGACGAGGCUAAUAACCGCCGAAUGAAUGAACCGGCAAAUGCUGCUUGCAAAAGCCAUGUAAUGGCUCGAUUAAUGGAAGUAAUGAGAACCAAUAAAUUUACAGAAGCUUAUGAAAUGCUACAUGAAGUUGAAAAUAGACAUACUCAACAAGCAAGAGCUGAAGGUCGAGAGCCAGCCCAAAUUCAAAUGGCAAUUUUGCACAAUCGAGAGUCUGACAAUCGCAGAUAUAAUACACAAGCAUGUAAUGAAGUUGCUGUUGUGUUCAGUACUAUGGACGGUGAGCCACCGCUUGAUCGGGAUUUGUUCGAGAUGCAUUUAGCCCCAUUCUGUGUGCAGGGAAACUUACACAACAAUAUUUUGUUGAUGCAUGUCAAAGCUGAAGCUAAUGACCUGAAUUGGGUUCGCCAGAACCAGACUACAAUCAGAGCUGAAAAUUACAAAACUUUAGUUGAUCACGUUGGUUCGGUUGCUGAGCAAGAAGGACUGAAUCCAGGAAAACAGAUAAUUCUUCCUUCAUCUUUCCAAGGAAGCCCAAGAAAUAUGCGACAGCAUUACCAAGAUGCAAUGGCUAUAGUGCAAAAAUUAGGGACACCAGAUUUGUUUAUCACUAUGACAUGUAACCCAAAAUGGGAAGAAAUUACUGAAAAUCUGAGACCUAACGAAAGACCUGAGAAUCGGCCGGACUUAGUCGCAAGAGUGUUUAAAGCUAAAUUGAGUGCACUUUUAGAAGAUUUAAUAAAGAAAGACGUACUUGGCCAUGUUCUUGCCAAAGUGCAUGUAAUUGAAUUUCAAAAACGGGGUCUACCUCAUGCUCAUAUGCUUAUUAUUCUUAGAGCUGAGGACAAGCCUCGAACUCCAGCACUUAUCGACAAAGUUGUGAGUGCAGAAAUUCCAAAUAAAGAAACACAUCCUCGAUUAUUUGAUGUGGUUACAAAGAACAUGAUUCAUGGUCCAUGCGACCAAGUGGACUCGAGAAGUCCAUGUUUAGUCUUAGGAAAAUGUUCCAAGGGAUUUCCGACACAGUUUCAAGAGGAAACUUUAGCAAAUCGUAACGGUUACCCUUUAUAUAAAACAAGAAUGACCGAAUUAAUUGAAACUGAUAAAAAUAUCAAAAUUGACAAUAGUUGGGCCAUGACUGUGCCAAUGUUCAGCUUCAAGUUGAUGAAGUACAGACACAUGUGGAUUCAAGAUAUUAGAACAGUUGAUGCUGCAAUUGAAAAAGCUCAAAAUAAAAAUUCUACACUCAUGGCAUGGUUCAAUCUGAAUCAGACUGAUGAAUCCGCCAAAAACCUAAAGUAUUAUCAAGUUCCAGAACACUAUGUGUUUAAUAAAAGCCAAACAAUAUGGACCAAACGUAAGCAAAACCACUCAAAAACUAUUGGGCGAAUGUAUGCCGUUAGCAUGCGCGAGAAUGAACGGUUCUUUUUAAGGUUACUACUUCUGCAUGUACCAGGAGCAAAGUCAUACGAUCAUCUAGCCACAGUUGACAAUAUUAAGUAUCCAACGUUUUAUGAAGCUGCCAAAGCUUUAGGGUUGGUUACCGAUGAAACUUUAUGGGACGAUACUCUUACUGAAGCUGCAUAUGCAUCUAUGCCACGGCAACUUAGAGAACUUUUUGCAUAUAUCUGCAUAUUUGGCGAUUGUGGAAAUGUUUCCAAUUUGUGGACAAAACACAAAGAAAAUCUAAGUGAAGACUUUGCCAGAGCACAUAAUCACCCAGCACAAGACGAGUGUGAAUUGUGCGAAUCAUAUGCAUUGAGAGAUAUUGCAGAUACUCUGUCAACACACAGUAAAAGGUGUUCUGAUUUUGGAUUGAGAAAUCCUCCAGCAGAUUUACCUCUAAAUGUAAAUGAUUUUGCCGAUAUGGAGGCAGAGCGAGAUGCUGGAGAUGAAUUAAUUGCCACCUUAAAUGAGGAACAGCGUUUGGCAUUUGAUACUGUCGAGAAUGCCAUUAAUUCUGAGAACGUGAAUGAAGCUAAAUGUUUCUUUCUUGAUGGCCCUGGAGGCAGUGGAAAAACUCACUUAUAUAAGACGAUGCUAAGUCAUUUAAGAGGACAAGGAGAAAAAGCUCUACCUGUAGCUUCCACAGGAAUUGCAGCUAAUUUGUUAAAGGGAGGAAGAACUUAUCACUCCCAGUACAGUCUCCCACUGAAUUUAGAUGAAUGUUCUGUUUCUGGAAUUAAGAUGAAAUCCAAGGAGGCAGAGAUAAUUGGUAAAUCAAAAUUAUUAAUUUGGGAUGAGUCAACAAGGGCACCUGCCAAUGCAUUAAAUUGUGUGGAUCGAUUGUUGAAAGAAAUAAUGGGAAAUAAGGAUGUUCCAUUUGGAGGAAAAGUCUUAUUACUUGGAGGGGAUUUUAGACAAACCCUACCAAUUAUUCCUCAUGCUGAUCCAGUGGCUAUUGUUCAAGCCAGUAUUAAAUUUAGUCAUUUGUGGAGGAAAUUUAAGGUUUUGAAACUUAACAACAAUGUCAGAUCCCUUGAUCUUGAAUACAGUGACUGGCUAAUAAAACUUGGUAAUGGGGAAUUAACAAAUGGGCAUGGUUUAAACGAAAACCUAAUAGAAAUCCCAGAAACAAUGGUAGCAUCAGACAACAUUGUGCGUGAUAUCUUUGAAGACUCUUUAACUCCAGAAAACGUUGAGACUUUCUCCAGUAGGGCCAUUUUAUGUCCAACAAAUGCUGAUGUGGAUAAAAGUAACGACCAAGUCCUAGACAUUCUCAUAGGAGAUAAUAAAACUUAUAUUAGUACUGACUCCUUAAUGACGGAUGUAGAUUCUGACAGAGAUGAUUAUCCUGUUGAAUUCUUAAACAGCUUGAACCCUUCUGGAAUGCCACCGCAUGAACUUAAACUUAAAUUGAACUAA